CCGCCUCGGCUCUAAGAAGAAAGGGAAGGAGGUCGGUCAUGUUUAAUAAGGGCGGAAGUGACGCUCGGCUUCCUGUCAAAGGCGGGCAAAGUGGGCGGUGACUAGAGUAACGAAUAAUCUCGUGGGCUUGUUGGGACUAUUGAGGGGAAGGACCGCAAGUUUAUCUACUUGCCAGUGAGUAUUCUUUUUCCGUUUCCGGUUUUAUAAGUGGUUCCGCCAGAGUUGGGAGGCAGCAGCCCCUGGGUUACUUUGAGUUAGGGUUGCUGCUUUUGGUGUAGAAGACGGGAACCGCCUGUGUGCCGACAUUUCGGAGAAGCGGUCGGGGUUGCGAACAGUCAAGUGGAAGAGAAGGAGGUGACUUGUACAAAGAAAGUAGGUGUCGUUUGCCCUAGCACUUGUGGGCCAGGAGCAGCCCAACCACAGGCAUCAUUAAGCAUAUAUAUAUUAAGUAUGUAUAUAUAUCGAAUAGUUUGGAAGAAGACUCUCACUCCGAUGUAAAUAAAAGUCACCUGUCUGUUCACUGACAGCGAUAACCACUAUGUGUUUUGGGAUAUUUAUUUCCAGUUAUUUCUAUGUAAAUGUAUACAUUUGUAUUGGGUUUUGUACAGCAGUAGGAUCACACUUUAUAUACUGUUUUGUAACUUAUUUAUCAUGAGAACUUUUCAGUAUGUGAAAUGUUCAUCUGUAACAGUAUUUAGCAGCUGUGUAAUAGUAUGUUCCAGGACUGUACUAUCAUUUUUUUCCAAUCUCCUAUUUUGGGCUAUUUAAGUUGUUUGCAGUUUUUCACCUUAAGAAUGUGAUAAAUCAUUGUGGACGUGUCAAGUUAAUUCUCAGAAAUGGAGUUGUUGCUCAAAUUGUUUUCUUUCUGGAAAAGUUUUUGCUUCUCUGCAUUCCAGCAGCAAGUAAGAAUGUGUGGCCCUUUAUUCACACUCUUGCAAUAUUGUUUCAUCUUUACCAACUUAAUGGCUUUGUUAAAUAAUCUUCCAUUUGCUUUUCUUUGUUUACUAGUAAAGCUUAACUUUCCAAAUAUUUUUGCCUAUUUGUACCUCUUCUUUUGUGAAGUCUCUGUUGGUAUCCCUUGCUAUGGACAUUUUCUUAGGUGUGGCUUUAGUUUUCCUCCUCUUUAUCAGAACUGGAGUUGCUGUUUGAAUUCUAGGGUGGGAUAGAUCCAUCCUCACUUUGACUUUCCCUUUUAUCAGUAAUUUUUUCUGCUACUGACAUUUGAGGAAGUCCUUCCUAGCAAUCAGCUUGCCUGUUUAAAGUAUGACUUAUUACAGGAACAAUUUCAUUUCCUAUAUACAUUUUUAUUAACUCUUGUCUUAAAAUGUGACUUGUCACACACACACACACAUAAAGAAAUCCUCCCUUUUCAUAGCAUUAGCCAACUUGGGGGCCAAAUAUAAAAUAUCAAGUACCUCGGUGGAGUUCUUCUGGAUGGACUCAAAAAUAGAGUUUCUCAACCAUGAGAACAGGAGCUUAUUAUAGCAGAAGGAACACUGCAGUAGAAAUUUGGUGGCUUGGGGGCACCUGCAUGACUCAGGCAGUUAAGCAUCCAUCUCUUGAUUUCGGCUCAGGUCAUGAUCCCAGAGUCGUGGGAUCGAGCCCCAUGAUGGGCUCCGUGCUGAGUGUGGAGCUUGCUUAAGAUUCUCUCUCCCCCGCUUGCACGCUCUCUCUCUCCCUCUAAAAUAAAAUAAAAAACUUUAGAAGGAAAGAAAUUUGGUGGCUUUGAUUCUAGUCCGUGCUGUAGCUAGAACCAAAACUAUAAGCAAACAAGUCUAUAAAAUGAGGGAAUUGGAUUAGGUCCCUUUUAUCUGAGUAUUUUAUGAUUUGUUUAUUUUGUGGUUUUCACACACACUCUUAAUCCAUCUGUUUGUCAUGUGGGGGUGGGGGGUGCAUCUAAUAACAUAUGCACCAAGAAUCUUUAAGCCAAGACUCAUGAUAAUACUUAAUCAGUAAAAGACGGUUUUAAAAGUGUGGUACAUGUGUGAAAUAGUAUGUCUCUGUGACAACGUGUGUAUAGAUAUGGGAAGGUCUAUGCAUGCUAAGUAAAAAAGCGCAAAGUGAAGAAGAGUGGGUAAAGUAUGUGUGCCGGACAUCUGUCAUUUGCCUCUCCAGAUGCACUCUUUCCUUCUCUAGACUGCUCCAGGACCACGAGACUUGGAUGCCUUCUGCAUCUCCCCUCCCCUCUGGUUCCAGUGUGAGUCACCCAGUGGGCACAUUAGGAGGAGAUCAGACAGACGGAGAAGAGUGGCUGCAUCCCUUAACUGCAGGCUGACCUCCUAUACGACAGCCUUCUCCACCCGGCGUUCCCCACCACACACUUGUGCUAACUACUCCCUGCUGUAGCUCCUUCAGGCCUCAGGGUGGGAACAGCACCCUGCUCUUACUAGCCCAAGUACAGCACUGUACCUGGUGUGUGCCUGUACCCUGCCUUAAUGAAAAUCUUUCGAAAUUACCAAAUUUGAGAAUGUUAUCUUUCUCCUGCUAGAACCCUGGCAGAUAGAAUAGCCUGUCUUUGGGGUAAAAGAGGGAAAAAACAUAGGAAUGCACAUUUGUAUGUUUUUGUAAAUGCAUAACAAAACUGGAAGAUACAUGAGAAAUUAAUGAAAGUAGCUACCUGCUGUGUGGGGAGAAACAGGCCAGUACUAACAGGGCCAGUUGAGGGCAGAGAGAGGGAGGGAGAUUUUUCACAGUACGCCUUUUUGAAAUUUUUUUUUUUAACGUUUAUUUAUUUUUGAGACAGAGAGAGACACAGCAUGAAUGGGGGAGGGUCAGAGAGAGAGGGAGGCACAGAAUCUGAAACAGGCCCUGGGCUGUGAGCUGUCAGCACAGAGCCUGACGCGGGGCUCGAACUCACAGACUGUGAGAUCAUGACCCGAGCUGAAGUCGGACACUCAACCAACUGAGCCACCCAGGCGCCCCCACAGUACGCCUUUUUGUAUUUAUGUUUCUUUUCAAGCUGGUGGACUUGCCAGCAGUUUGUGCAUUUAGUGUGUUGGGUUUUUUUUUUACUGUUGUGAUACUAUGUUGUAUCAAACUAUUUCUUUCCUCUGAGAAUAAAAUAUAUGUGUAUUAACUACUACAAAUUUUUUUUUUUUUUAAUUAGGACUCAUGCACUUAAUCUGUCUUUAAAUAUUGGAACUGUAUUUCAGGACUGACAGUAAGGAUAAAUAUUUGGAUUAUGGCAAGAUGAGCUUCCUGUUGCCCAAGCUAACUAGCAAAAAAGAAGUAGACCAAGCAAUAAAAAGUACUGCAGAGAAGGUAUUGGUUCUCCGAUUUGGGAGAGAUGAGGAUCCAGUCUGUCUGCAGCUAGAUGAUAUUCUUUCUAAGACGUCUUCUGACCUGAGUAAAAUGGCUGCUAUAUAUCUGGUAGAUGUGGACCAAACUCCCGUUUACACGCACUAUUUUGACAUCAGUUAUAUUCCAUCUACUGUGUUCUUCUUCAAUGGGCAGCACAUGAAAGUGGAUUAUGGGUCUCCCGAUCACACUAAGUUUGUGGGAAGUUUCAAAACCAAGCAAGACUUCAUAGAUUUGGUUGAAGUAAUUUAUCGAGGAGCAAUGAGGGGAAAGCUUAUUGUCCAAAGUCCUAUUGAUCCCAAGAAUAUUCCCAAAUAUGACCUUCUCUAUCAAGACAUUUAAAGCAUUCAUGACUAUCAAAGUUGAAGAAAAAAGCACGUCUUGAAACAGUACCUGAACCCAGCUGUGCCGUUUUCCUGGAGUCCUUCGGACAUGUGUUCAGCAUCCCAGCAGAGAAGAGUGCUGACUUGGGUAGAAAAUACCCCACCCUCAAGUAGAAGACCACGCUGGCACUGCAAUGGGCAGAGAUGCUUAAAUGUCUAUUCCCUGCAAACCCCAGAGCAGUCAAGACCACCGGGGUCAAUUUCCCAAGCGUGAUUUUUUUUUAAUUUUUAUUGUGCUUCUCUUUAUUCCUUAAGAUGAUACAAAAUCCUUCUAAACAUUGGCUAGUAUAUUUAUGUUGACUUUGAUAUACAAGUAAAAUAGAAAAUCAUUUCCCGUAAGAGCAGAAGUACUUAUUUUUUUACCCUAAAUGUACCCACACACACACCCUCCCCCUCCCCCGUUUCUCUACUCAUGUAUUUAUCUCAUGCUCUCCUGUCUCCAAUCCCUGUUAUCUCAGUUUCUCUUGGAAUAAAUAUUUCUCUACAGAUAGUGAGAAAAUGUUUUAUUUUGGAAACUUUCUGGUUUAAACUUUUAUUUAUUUAUUUUUAUUUUUUGAGAGAGAGAUUACAAGCUGGGGAGUGGCAGAGACAGAAGGAGACACAAUCUGAAGCAGCCUCCCGGCUCUGAGCUGUCAGCCCAGAGCCCAACGCAGGGCUCGAACUCACAAACUGUGAAAUCAUGACCUGAGCCAAAGUUGGAUGCUUAACCAACCUAGCCACCCAGGUGCCCCAUCUGGCUUGAACUUUUAAAACAGUAUCCCAGUUUGCUCAUUUGACUAGCUUUUGUUAUUAAAUUGCCCAAGAAAUGGGACGCUGAACCUUUACCAUCCAGCACCCAAUUUGAGCUAAACAAAUUAGUAAGUAGCAGCAGAUUUCUCCCAGAAGUCCAAGUUCUGCCGCUUUCUGAAGCAGAGGAUUUUACUUCAAGGACUCAAGACCGGAAAGAGAUGUCAGAAUCGUUAGAAAUAACAUCUUUGUGGUAUUUGCCCAUUUUAAUAACUUUAUGAAGAAUUCUUGCUCUGCCAGCAGCCCUGGCAUAACCUGCCACCACUUGACAAGUCCCUGCUUCUCUCAAAACCUCGCUGGGUCUCUGGAUACUGACUUUGUAGAACAAAAGAAUAGAUGCAGAUCCGGAGGGCAGUGGGCCAGAUGUGGAUUUGCUUGCCAGACGCUGACGUCCCAGCUCUGUGCAGACCAACACUGUCUCUGCAAGUUCAUUCUCCCCUCACUGGGCACUUCCUUUACAAGCCUUUUCUGCAAAAAGAGAUGACCACCCAUCCUGGUUCUCAUUGACGUGGCAUAGAAGGAAGGCCACUGUGGGUUUUUGCAUCCUUUGCUGACGACAGGAGAGAGCUGCCCCAGGGAUAAGACAUGGAACCGUAGCAACCAUCCCAGGACCAUUAGGACCAGCCCCUGGAUGAAACGUGAAUGUGUGGAGAAGAACAAUAAAAACCUGUGUCCCUGAUGAUGCUAUUGAGCUGCUUAGUGAACUCUAUACCUGCCUCCCUCCAGAAAGAAUAAAAUGUCUUCAUUGCCUGUCA